AUGGCCUCGGCAUCACCAACCGUCACCAAGUCUUCACCCAAAGGCAAAGAAACACUCGAUGCGUACCAACAGGCACCGAAGAAGCUGAAAGAUCUAUGGAAAUCCUGGACGAAGGCUAAAGCGCCCUUUGAGGUGCCAGAACCAUCUUCUACGAAACCUGUAUCGAGUAGUACAGCAGACGAUGCCUUACAUGCAGAGUUUGCACGUUUUGUCUUAGAGCACCUCUCUGUGCUCUUUGCUGGAGACUUCGAGGCAUUGGGAAAGUUUUCAGACGAAUUUACAUCGUCCAAGUCGGCAAGCGCCUUCUCUCUUGAGAACGUAAAGCUUUCAGAUGAAUCCAAUCGAAAGCCUUUUACGGAAGCAGAGUUCAAGGAAUUUUCAAACCAGCUUAUAGAGCCGCUGGUCAAAUCUUUCAAGUCGGAAGAGACUUUCCAUGCAGCCUACAGCCCUAGGAACAUACCAGGUAGACAAAAUUUCUUUUCAGUCUACGAGGCGUCAAGUUUGAUCACUUUACCAACAUUUCCAAGGAUGGGGCCUUUGCUGAUUCGAAUGCUCUGACAUCUUUCUCAGGUCUGGUUGUUUUGCCCAAGCUCUUCCCUCCCAUUGUUCAGCAGACUUUACUCGAUCAGCUCUUGCACUAUGAGCUCUCAAAUUCAGAGAACCAAACCAAUUUUCAUCUCCAUUACAAUCUUUCCUACCCUGAAAACGGGGCCUCGUUCUUCUCAACCAAGCCUGAAUCUUCUUCGUUCUCACCAAAAAAUCUAGAUGAGCACAAACCCAUGUUGAAUCGCACGGCUUUGGAAAAGAAUUUACACUGGGUCACUCUUGGUGGCCAAUAUGAUUGGACAAAUAAAGUUUAUCCAGAGGGGAAACCACCCGAAUUUUCAAAGACUAUCGCCAGAUUGAUAGGGCAUAUUUUUACUGAUAUGGUACCGGAAGCUGCCAUAAUCAACGUUUACUCUGCAAGGGACAAAUUGAGCGUGCAUCGCGAUGUUAGUGAGGAGGCAGACCGAGGGUUGGUAAGUAUCAGCUUGGGAUGUGCUUGCAUUUUUAUCAUUGGUCUCGAGGACAAAGUCACCAGGGAGCUUCAUCAAAAGACUUUGAAAUUGGAAUCAGGGGAUGUUGUAUAUAUGGCGGGGGAAAGCCGAUACGCAUGGCACGGCGUUCCGAAAAUUAUUCCAGACACUACGCCGGACUAUUUGGCUUACUGGCCCGGGAAGUUGUACCCGGGCUGGCACGGAUGGAUGAGCAAAAAGAGGAUCAAUCUCAAUAUUCGCCAGAUGUAUGAGCAAUCUUCUACUGAUAUUGACGAUGGUGUUAGUAAGAGUGUUAGUUGA